CAACAAAUUUAUUAGUGUGGGUUUGGGCAAGUAAUCUCGAAAAGGAGACCUUGAAGCUUCCAAGUCAAUGAAACUGUCAGUUCACGACGAAAGAAAAAGCAGACAGAUGCGAAGCCGUCGAAGAGAGUUCGUUCCUUCCUUGGGAGACAGGCUGGGUUGAUUCAAAAAGAAGACAAGAUUGAGAAACGGUUUCUCGAUAGUGUCACGUACGCCACCGACAGCACUCUUAGAUGCCGGUAAAGACACUUUUUUGGACCUCCGAAGGUACUAUAAUCACAUGUUGCCAGAACGAAAGGAUACAUUUUUCGAGUGUGCGUGAAGGUGUGGAUCAACUGAUGUGUUUUACUAUUCAUCAAUUUAGAUAACGGACUGACAGGAUUUCAUCGAAAACCCCCGUUUUUUGAAGAUGCUUCUCCCCAGGUGCUCUCCAAAGAAAUACUUGCGCGGGACAACAUGAUCUUCUUUGAAUGUAGCAUGACGCUGCGCAUUUUGGAAAGAUAGGGGCAUGUCAGUGAUUCUGCUGCCUUCGGACAACGAUGUAUACACAAGGGAAACUUCUCCGAAACAGUAGAUUGACUCAGCAGCCAGGGCAGAUGGCAACGCAGUUCUCUCUACAACCAACAAAGAAACUCUUUGGUCAAAUAGGGAUGCCUGAGGACAAUGGAGGACACCUAUUACAUUGCCAAAUGUGUAGAAACCCAUUAUCGAGUGGAAAUUAACUGACAAACCGAAUAUCGGCAAAUUUACGCGUCACUAUCGACCCGGAGCCUGCCAAGCAAAUCGACCUGAUCCAUGUCGCACCAGAGACGCUUCUUAAGAAAAAACUACCAUACUUGUUCACAACAAAUAGGAUUGGGGAUGGGAACCUGAUUUCGAUACUGGAAACGCGACUGUUGUUUACAAGUGCACAUGCAUACGGACGCUUUAGUGAGGGUGUUCACCCUGGAAGAGGGCGUCUGCGUAACACCCAGUGCGAACUCUCCACGGCAAUUGCUUGGAAAUCGUGGGCCUUUUGGUCACUGCCUAGUUGUUCUUUCACGAAAUAGAUGAAUUGAAAAGGACAUAACAACCAGAAGCUCCACAGUUCAAAAUGUUUUCCUUCAUUUUUUGACACACUUUCAGCCAAUGGUUUCGAGUCGACUGUCGGCCGAUCCGACCUCUUAUACUCAAUAGCCUUUCGGAAGUCGGGGAGUACCGUGAAGCAACCAUUUUCUUACACAAGGGAGGCUGUGCGUGUCAGUUGGACGUGAGCAGACAACUUCGUAAUCCGCCUUUCUUUCCCUUCACGAAAAAAUAUACGCACGCACUGGGGGUUAGAUGAGCAUAACAUGGCUGAUAUGAACGACAAACGUUGCUACUAGGACCUUGUGCAGAUCCCCAAGAAGAAUUGCUUUACCAGCCUUCGCAAGCGUGAUCGGCAUUGUGAUGGACACCAUCGAAUUCAUCAAUCAGCGGAGGAGGAGUGAUCUAGAAAAAACACUCAGCGCAGCGUGUCUCGUGCAGGGUGGGUCUGUCGAUCUCCAAGAAGAGCUUCCGUUCCAGCACUGGGUGACGGAGGGUGACGGAGGUCUAUAUCCUGCAUCCUUUCCAAUUUACUCAUUCCCACUUGGAGAUAUGUCCCUACGCAAACAGCUGCUUCUUCCGGAACAGGAGCUCUGAGAACUUGCUCUCCGAAAAUGACGAAUAACCACACCUUGUUGGGCACGACUCGCCUGCCUUCAGUGAACCCAGAGAGCAGGGCGGUUGGGGGGCAUACUCCGUUCAACCUGAGAAUGGACUAGUAAGCUGGGUCAGCUAGUAGCAUAAAACGGGGAAGAAAUAUAGAGGAGAAGAUGAAUGGACUGUCUUAUUCACUCUCGCGCCUUGUUUAUAUUUAUGUAUAGUUGUUCCUGAGUUUUCAAUCGUCUUCAGAAGGAUCUGUCUCUUCCCGUCGCAAAGUUUUCGCGGCACCGUCCAGCUUUUGUUUUUCACGUCAGUUCUGACGGACUGAACUUUUCUAUUUGUGCAUGGUAGUACACUGUUUAUUGGGAACUAUAAAAUUUUUUCCUUCUGGGGAGAAACGAAGUGCCUUUCUUCAAUGACGACAGAUCUCGUGGCUUUUCCGUCCACACAGAGACUGUCGUUGCACGUGUCUGCCAUCCCUUGGAUGUGCAGACUCAGGGUGGCAACCAGCGACCGUCUUUUUGGCCGAGAUCUCUGGGGACAGACUGAGGGAAUAACCGAAUCAAAAACGUAUCGAUGAGCAUGCGAACUCUUCCCCAAACGGGUAAAUCCGGCACACACUGGCCGUGUCCCUCCCUGUGCGGUCGGGUCAAGCGCUAGGCGGCAUUUUUGUUUGUUCUCAAGUGCCCGUCCGUUCUUCUUUCUUUUCUUCCUAGCCUCUGUAGCUCUCCCUUCCAUCCAGGGCGCUUCUGUUUACAAAGUGACCUCUUCAAGCUGCUUUUUUUACCGAACGAAUCUCGCCUGUGCGUCAUCACCUGUAGGCCUCUGCCCUUCCGUCAGUUCCAUUUGCGCGACUUUCCAUCUCUUCCAGCCUUUUUCCGCAGAAAGGCCCAACAGAACACGAGGGGAUGAGACCUGUGAAUUCACGACUGAGGAAUGUCGGUGGGAAAUGCACACUACUGUUUGAAUAUGUUUCUUCGAUGCCACUGAUGGUCAGCUGUCUAACGAGCAGGCUUUCAAUUGACAAAGGAAGGCAGCGUUACCCGUACUCGAAUGCAAUGUGAAUCUGGUGUUUGUCUUUCAUCUCUGCAUCACAUAAACGGAGUUUUCUGCAAGCUAUGCUCCCUCUUAAGUCAUUUACCGUCGCUGCGCUUCAGGAGCAGUGUGUGUCUUCCCCAGACUAUAGAGAAAAGUAUGGCGGCCGAAAUCAGAUCUGAAGGUGCGGAUGAGCCCCAACUACACGGUCAGCCUCAGGAUUCGCUUCCAGAUGCAGGCGUAUGGAGCAAGCUGCCAGCUUUUCCCACAGCGUGCUGCGGAGACUGGAGACGGCCACCUCCUCUAUCACCUCCGGGGUUGGGCGCUUCAGUGCGGCCGACAGCAGCGCCGUCGACGGAUGGCGAGGCAGGGCCUCAGACGCCUUCUACUCCCGGAGAGGUACACGUCGCAGGCAGCCACUACACCUCCCUCUCUCCGCCCCUCUCUCCGCCCCCCCCGACGUUCUCUCGCUCCGGGUCUUGGCUGACCUUCCUUGCCCCAACUGCACCUGUGACUCUCUCAAUUCCCGUGUUGCUAGUUGUCGGCUUCGCGCCCGUCUUCUGCAUGAUCUUGUUCAUCGUCGGGCUGCACAGCGUCCUGCUGGCCAUGGUCAUGAUGCACUGGCUGUGCAUGCUGUUGGUUCCUCUGCUGUACAUAUACUUCGUGGAGCGUUCCUUUGAAUACUACAGACACGUUUGGAAGAUUCAGCGCUGUCGGUUUCGCUACCAGUGGCCCUGGGCAGCUGCCUCCUGCAUCACCGCACUCGGCGGCGUCUAUGCGGCCUAUGUGUGUGCAAAGGCAGUGGGAGGGUCUUGGUUCGCCGGUGUCGUGGAGGGGGCGCGCUUCAACUGUCUGUCUGAAGGUCUGGACAUUCCGUUUCCGCUGCUCCUCGUCGGAGGUGUCUACUUCUUUGUCGUGAACCCUGUUGUCGAAGAGUGGUUCUGGCGAGUGUUUCUGUACCGCGAAUUCGGCGGCGCCGUCUUCGUCUCGGCUCCAGAUGGAGUCCUGUACAUGCACGAAUCGGACCCGCUGUUGCUGUCCUGGUGCCUCCACUGGCAAACGUUUGGUGACGCAGCCACACACGUCGGGGCCACGGCUGCCGCGGUCCCUCCCACCUCUUCUGAAAACACGCCUCCACCGCCAUCUCUCACUCUGUCUCCUUCCCGUUUCCGCUCAGCCUUCGGCGAGGCGAGAGCUUCGGGACAGUCCCGCACAGCUGCCGCGAUUGCGGGCGCCCUUGUGGCAACCACGGCUGAACAGGGAAAUUGUGGCGAGUUGGAACGCCAUCCAGAUACCCGCGGUAGAAGCGGCACCCUUUCGCUCUCACCAAGCCACGAACAGAUGUCGAACGGCCACAAGCAGUGGGCGCGACAUGCCGAGGCGCACCAGGAAAGGGAGUCUCUCUCUGACUGCACAACGAGGGUCUUUUGUGGACACAGCGAGGCGGAAAGGGCCGCAAAACCGGUCGUGUGUGAGAAUCUCAGUUCGUCGACUGCCGCAUGCAUUGGGGCGCAACGUUCAGAUGCUGAAGAAGGCAGACAAUAUCUAGGCGACAGGUGUGGAUUUGCACCUGGAGAUGGAUCUGAGACCGCUCACAGCCUAGCAGCAAUGGGAAACGUCGGCCUCGAACGCCUAGAGGAAGAAGGAACUUGGGGGGGAGGGCUUCGGGUUUUGCCAGACACAAUUGACGAAGAAGACCCAGAAAGAUGUCCCUCUCCUUCAGCUCCCGUCAUGACUCAUGUGGAACCUGGCGUCCUUCAAGUUGACGUGCGUCUCUCCGCUUCUGGCCAGGCCAUGCUUGCCCUUUUCUAUGCUUCGUACCACGCCGUCGUCUUCAGCACUACUGUAGGCGUAGCGUACGGCUUUGUCGCGAUCCCGUGUGUCGCCGCUCUCGGGCUCCUUCUCACGUUUUUCCGCAAUAGCAGCCGUUUUGGGAUUCUCACUGGCGUCUUUACUCAUGUCGGCGUCGACGCCGCUGUAGUGGCGAUCCUCGCCGACGUCCUUCAGUUAUACUGAGUGGCCUUAUGAAGAGUAGAUAAAGUAGCGACAACGCGGAAAUGAGAAAUAGAUAAAACAGUGUUUAGAGCGGAGAUAGUGAGUUACCACAGCGGCGAUGUUUGGGCGACGAUGUACCACAGGGGAUGUGCGAAGGAAGAGGCAGGACAAUGUGGGAGAAAACGGGCAAAGAAAUCAAUUUGGUUUCCAUAAAACACUCUCCGUCUCGCCUAUGGAUGCUCAACUGCGCAAGAGGCGGAACCCGUCUGGUGGCUCGAGGCUGCGGUUGCAGGGGCUAAUUCAAAAAAGGUUCUGCGCGCUCUUUCAGGAGCCUUUGCUCGUAGAUAUGCGAACAGCCCCGCUGUUUUGUCUCCCAUUCUACGUAGCCCUUCGAAAGUGCCCCCCUUGGUUGGCAGUUGGGCCAGUGCUUGUCUUGCAAACCAUUGAGCGUUCAAUAAACAGGGACGCAGUGGAAAUCAUUCUCAUCAAUUAUGAGUUUCUCCGUUAGACUGGUGUUUUUGGACCCAGUUAGAUCAGUGGUGACGGGUGAGACUCCCCUGGAGAGUUCGGGGGGGAUGCGGGUAUGGGGUGCGACAGAAAGGUCGAGGUGUUGUAAUCCGAGAAUUUCAUCCUUUUUUGAUGUUUCCGAGGAAGAAGGAUAGUCACUUUCUUCACCCGUAGCGGCAGGCAUUUGAUGUUUCCUGCUUCAGAAUUUACAGAAAAAACCGCCUGAAAAGUGUAUUGCGCAUAAGUAUACGUGCACGGGUUUCCACGUGCACAUGUUUUUACAGGGAUAUGCAUGUCUAAAUGUACAGAUCUUCGAGGCGCCAUGUGUCUGUGCAAACCGUUUUGUCUACGAAGACAAUCCCGCAGAAGGUAUCAGGGUCCACAGCCUGUCAAUUGAGCUGUGUUCACAUUAAUAAAUAUGGCUCGCG